GAACACAAAAAUGAGCAGUACUAAUAAUUCUAACAAUCCAGCACCAUCUAACCCAGCACCAUCCAACCCAGCACCACCUCACUCAACACCGUCUAGCCCAGUAGCGUCCAACCCAACACCGUCUAACCCAGUACCCUCUAAUCCAAGGUCGUCUAAUCGAAGGCCUCAAUACAGUAAUAGAACUUGUAAGUAA